AUGUAUAAAUAUCGCACAGAAGAUAUAACCCUCGACACUGGUUCUGCGCUGGCCACCAAGGCUGGGACUGUUGCGACCGCUUUCGAGUACACCUCUGAACAGGCGACCACCCCCACAGUCACAUCCCGUCACCGUCAACGUGGCCGGGGCAGCAGCGUUUCAACUUACGACGAUCGAGUAAACUACCCUUUGCGGAAAAUGGCCACCGGAUAUGCGGUCAGCCCCGAACCUCCGGCACUGUUUGUGCGGGCAAUGUAUGACUACGACGCCGAUGAUCACACUAGCUUAAGCUUUCGUCGCGGAGAUAUCAUCCAGGUCCUGAACCGGUUAGAGACUGGAUGGUGGGAUGGAGUCAUUGAUAAUGUUCGUGGGUGGUUCCCCAGUAACUAUUGUCAGAUCAUCACAGAGCUGGACCUAGACGAUUAUGGCGAGCAGCUGAUGCAAGGACACGAGGAGGAUUUGAGCGCGGAGUCGGGUCUCGACGAAGAUUACGGGAAUGGUCACGAUGAAGAGGAUGAUUUGGAUUCAGAAGGCAACCCCCGUGAUUCGGCACCGAUGUUACCGAUUGAAGGAGUCACCAGCACCAAAGAAUCAGAAGAAGCUGCUUUUUGGAUUCCUCAGGCAACUCCCGACGGCCGUUUGUUCUAUUUCAAUACUCUCACUGGGUACUCUACGAUGGAGCUGCCUUUCGAGAACCCUACAGCUACCACCGAUCACGGUCCAAGAGACCGCUCAAAUUUCUUCGUCCCUGACCAAACUCGCCCCCCUCCUGAGUUGAUGGCGCGAGGAUUCGAGCGUGACGAGGAUGAAUACGACGGUUCGGCCUCUGAGGCGGAGGGAGAGUCCCUAAUGUUGGCUUCGCAUGACUCAAUCCACCGCAGAAGACAAUCGCUGUUGGAUGGUGUCUCUCCUGCUACAUCUAUGGAUUCAUUAUACCCCUCUGGCCCGAAAGACCAGCCCAGCAAAAGUCCUCAAUUAUCAUAUACCAGUGCAGGCGCUACAAGUGCCAAUACUUCCAUUGCGGACAGCUUCCCUCGACCAUCUAUAUCAUCCAACGUCCCGUCACACUUCGUGGAUGAUGGCUUAGCCCCAUCUGUCACUUGGCCGCUUCUGGUUGAGAAUAUGCGAACUGCUGUUGAGGUAUUCCGUCAGACGCUUCUAUCUGGAGAGCGCUCGGAGUAUGUGAGAAAGGCGGAAGAUAUCUCUGACCAUCUCCGCAUGCUCUUGGCCGCGGGUUCUGAUACCACGGACAACCAUUCUGGCAAUCCAUCUAUCAUCUCCACCAACAAAGCCCUUUACCCUCAUUUCCGGGAUAUGAUGUCCAAAUUCUCCAAGCUUGUCCUUUCAUCGCACAUUGCCGCAGCUGAUUGGCCGGGCUCCGACUCGAUCAAUAAAUGCUUGCAAGAAGCCGAUGGGGUCAUGCAAGGGGUGUAUGGAUAUGUGGAUGUCGCUCAGAAGCAGCGCGCCACUAUUCAUCGUCUCACACCCGGAUUCGUUAGCAACAGCUUUGUUGGAGGAAGCUGGCAAAACAACGGAGUUUCUCUGAACAGCGCCGGGCCAACUUCAUUCCUCGUCCCGGAAGGCGGAGAUUCCCGAAAUGAGCCUUCGGUCUCCCUAGACUCGGCUCUCUUGGAUCAUGUUGAUCUUCUAAGAAAGUCAUUUGUUAUGAGUAUCCGUCGUUUGGAGGAGAAACUGCUCGGCAAUCGUAAGAUUGUGACCGUAGCAGAACAUGCUGAGCUUGCGGACAGUGUGUCGGCUUUGGCGAUCAAGGUCGUUGAGCACUUCCGUCCUUGGAUCUCGACUGUGGAGUCAAUCAACCUUGAACCAUUGGGCACGAGUUUCCAGAACCCACAGCUUGUUGACUUCAGCUUGCAAAAGCAGAGAGUCUAUGACGGCAUUGGUGAUUUUAUUCUAAGCUGCCAGGCAGUCUCUGCACCACUGGCUGAUGAGUGGGCUGAGCUUCGCGGUGAUUCAUUAGAUGACCGCAUUACUGCUGUUCGCAGUGUCGCAAAGCAACUUGAAAACUUCGUCUCCCAAAUUGGGUUCUCCUUGUCAUUACUGCUGGAACAGAUCCCAGAGAAGGUUCCCGAUGACCAUGCAAUCGCGCAUCGAAGUGACAGUCGCUUAGGGGAAGCGCCUGAAGAUGAAGCCGCGAAACAGCCUUCUCAUACCCGUGGCGAUUCGCUGGCACGGAUGGCAGCCGACUCCAUUGGGCUUCCGUCUCUUGGUGGUGAGAAGGUCCGAAGAAAUAUGGACAAGGCUCAGCGAUUUUUUGGACAAGCGCCACCUGCAGCCAUUACGAGGGAUCCGCCACCCCAGGAGCCUGUCAGACAGCCCGAAGAAACCCCGUGGUUCCUCAAAAUGGACCACGAGGGCGAGGUGUUUUAUGAUAACAAGACGGAUGUGCCAGUCCUCAAGUGCGGCACCUUGGCUGGCUUGGUUGAACAUCUUACACGUCACGACAAGCUUGAUGCUUCAUUUAACAACACUUUCCUCCUAACAUACCGCUCCUUUACCUCCGCCUCCGAAUUAUUUGAGAUGCUUGUACAACGCUUUAAUGUCCAGCCCCCUUUUGGGUUGAACUCCGAUGAUAUGCAAAUGUGGAUCGAUCGGAAACAGAAACCGAUCCGCUUCCGUGUAGUCAACAUCCUCAAGAGCUGGUUUGACCAGUUCUGGAUGGAGCCGAAUGAUGAAACUAACAUGGAACUCUUGCGCCGCGUUCACGCAUUUACGAAAGACUCUAUUGCCACAACUAAAACUCCGGGUGCGCCGACCCUGCUCGCUGUGAUUGAGCAGCGUCUUCGCGGUCAAGACACAACUGCGAAGCGUCUUGUUCCGACCCAGAAUGUCGCUGCACCACCACCAAUUAUUCCUAAAAACAUGAAGAAACUCAAGUUCCUCGAUAUUGACCCCACUGAGUUCGCUCGGCAAUUGACUAUUAUCGAGUCACGCCUGUACUCGAAGAUUCGUGCUACCGAGUGUUUGAAUAAGACUUGGCAGAAGAAGGUUGCCCCUGGCGAGCCAGAGCCGGCCUCCAACGUCAAGGCGUUGAUUCUUCACUCGAAUCAACUGACGAACUGGGUCGCUGAGAUGAUCCUGAUGCAGGGCGAUGUAAAGAAGCGUGUGGUUGUUAUCAAGCAUUUCGUCAACGUUGCUGAUAAAUGUCGUGCCCUGAACAACUACUCUACUCUCACCUCCAUUAUAUCCGCGCUUGGAACCGCCCCCAUCCAUCGUCUGGGACGGACGUGGGGUCAAGUUAGUGGCCGUACGUCCGCCAUUCUGGAGCAGAUGCGCCGUUUGAUGGCUAGCACAAAGAAUUUUGGCGAAUACCGCGAGACGCUUCAUCUGGCCAACCCUCCUUGUAUUCCGUUCUUUGGUGUCUACCUGACAGAUUUGACGUUCAUUGAAGACGGAAUUCCAUCACUUACCCCAUCCGAAUUGAUCAAUUUCAACAAGCGGGCCAAGACCGCGGAGGUCAUUCGCGAUAUUCAACAGUACCAGAAUGUACCUUACCUUCUUCAGCCCGUUGGAGAGCUUCAAGAUUAUAUUCUCAGUAAUCUACAAGCUGCGGGCGACGUUCACGACAUGUAUGACCGAAGUCUCGAAAUAGAACCGCGAGAACGCGAGGACGAAAAGAUUGCAAGGUACGAGUCUCUCAGCAAAGAGAAGUUCCACAUGCUCUUGCGAUAG